UUGGCUAUAGAAAUCACGUAAUUCUAGUUAAAAUUAAAUAAAAAUAUGUGUCAUUAGCUAUUUUUUAAAAAGAGCAGGUUAUAUUUAUUUCUAAAAAUGUGGCAAUUGUUGCAAAAUCAUUCAUGUUUGCUAAUGAGGCAAAGGUUGCUACCAGUGAAAACCAAUACGCACUUUACAAAUUUGAUAAAAUCGAAACCGUCAAAAAUUGUGAAACGUUAUUUUUCUGAAGUCAAAAAUUGUCCAGAAAAAAGUGCAAAGUCCAAUAUUUUUUUAAUUUGCAGCCCUUGGAAGUUGUGUACAGGUGUUAGUGUAGGCCUUGCUGCUCGUUUGUUGUUAGAUAAUGGAGUGGCUUACUGUAAGGCACAGUCAAAUUCUAGGGUAAUACAGAGAGGGUCAAAGAUAAACGAUGAUAGUGCUAAGUUUGACUGGAAAAGACUAUAUCUAUACCUAAAGCCUCAUAAAUGGCUGUUGGCUGCUGCUGUCGGUUCUGCAUUAGCAGUGGCAUUCCUGAAUGUCUACAUUCCCGCCAUGCUUGGAGUCAUAGUCAAUGUAUUAGCAAAUAUGAAGAGCAGUCAGGCGGACUUCAUAGAACAAAUCAAACUGCCGGCUAUCAAGUUAAUAUCCUUGUAUAUGGGACAGGCAGCGUUCACAUUCAUGUACAUCCACCUUCUGUCUCAAGUAGGAGAGCGCGUCGCGUCACAGAUGAAACAGGACCUGUUCGUGUCCAUACUCAACCAGGACAUGGCAUUUUUCGACCGGGAGCGAACCGGGGAACUUGUCAAUAGAUUAACAGUAGAUGUUCAAGAUUUCAAGAGUUCCUUCAAACAAACCAUAUCGGGUGGUUUGCGAGCUAUUACACAGGUGGUAGGAUCCGCAGUGAGUCUGCUGGUGAUCUCACCGCACCUGACAGGGCUGACGAUGGUGUGUGUACCGUCUGUGGUCAUCGGAGGCACCUUCAUUGGCUCCUUACUGAGAAAGCUGUCUAGAGAAGCUCAGCAACAGAUAGAGAAAGCAACGCUAGUCGCAGAAGAAGCGAUAUCAAACAUGCGUACGGUUCGAGCGUUCGCGGGCGAAGAGAACGAAGCGAGAAUGUUCGCUGAGGAAUGCGAAGCUGCUGCUGAUAUGAGCAUGGAGCUGGGGCUUGGAGUAGGAUUAUUCCAAGCUGGGACUAACUUGUUUCUGAACGGUAUGGUACUAGCAACAAUGUUCCUCGGUGGUCACCUGAUGUCAACCGGUCAGAUGUCAGCGGGAGACGUUAUGGCAUUUCUAGUCAACGCCCAGACCGUGCAGAGAUCUGUGGCACAGCUGUCUCUGUUAUUUGGAUCUGUGGUCAAGGGCAUCAGUGCGGGAGGACGAGUGUUUGAGUACAUAAACAAGGAGCCAACGAUGGACACGUCAGGCACGAAGACGAUCAAGUACCACGAGUUUCUGGGUGACAUCGAGUUUAAGAACGUGACCUUUUCUUACCCCACGAGACCUGAAGCGGUCGUAUUGAGACAUUUCAAUUUGAAGAUACCAGCGGGUAAAACCGUAGCUAUUGUGGGCACUUCAGGGAACGGGAAGUCUACUAUUGCAGCUUUGUUAGAAAGAUUCUACGACGUAAAUGAAGGUCAGGUGACGAUAGACGGCGUGGACAUCCGCGAGAUGGACUGCAGGUGGCUCCGCGGGCGCGCGCUCGGGCUGAUCAGCCAGGAGCCCGUGCUGUUCGCGACCACGGUCAAAGAGAACAUCCGUUACGGGAAACCGGACGCUAGCGAUGCCGAGAUAAUGAACGCAGCAAAAACAGCAAACGCACACGAGUUCAUCUUAGGCUUUCCUGACGGUUAUAACACUCUAGUGGGGGAGCGAGGCAUGUCGCUCAGUGGGGGCCAGAAACAGAGGAUAGCCAUAGCCCGCGCCGUGUUGAAGAACCCGCCUGUGCUCAUACUGGAUGAGGCUACUAGUGCCUUGGACUCAGCUGGUGAGAAGGUAGUCCAAACGGCGUUGGAGACAGCUGCUAAAGGCCGCACCGUUUUGGUGAUAGCUCAUAGACUGUCAACCAUCAUGAAUGCUGAUCUGAUCGUCGUGCUCAAUAGAGGGAAAAUUGUUGAGAUGGGCACCCACGAUCAGCUGAAGAAACAAAAAGGUUUCUAUUGGAACCUCAUUAAACAACAGGACCAGGAUGCAGAUAAUACUUCCAGAGCAUUAUGAGGUUAAAGCUCUAGUUUAUAUAGGUCAAUUUUCCUUAGCACCUGAGGCUUAGAUUCUAAAUGAUGCUAGUUUUAAUUUGUUGAAGCUUGUGGAAGAGUUUUUAAGUAAUUUAAGCGUAGUUGGUCGAUUAUGUGAAGCCUUACACAUGUUGCAAUAUUGGUAGUUUCUCACCAAUGUCACUUGACUUGCUAAAGGUCGGUUAAUUAAACCAGCCCCCGCGGCACAGUGACGCCGUCGCUAAUUAUAUCGAGGGCUUCGUUCUACCAAUGGCCGUACGACGAUUAUCUGCGUAGAUAGCAUUCGCUGCCUCUGUCGAUCGAAGCCCUCGAUAUAAAUCGCGACGCGCGCGACGCAGUUGCCGUGCCGCGGAGGCUAGUACAAUAUGAGGCUAGUGUAAUAGGAGGGAACGUUCGUACAAUUCAAUUUUAUUGUACAAUUCUUUAAAAACCAAAUUGUUUUCGGAAAAUAUUAAAUCUAAAUUGAAUAUAAGUUGACUUUGACUGACAAAAAGAGUUCAUAUACAAUAUCAUAGUAGGUAUAUUGUAAUCACGGUAGAAAGAGGAUGGAAGAGCCAAGUGAGCGCGAAACGCGUGCCCUAAUGUAUGAGCAAAUAGUUCAUACUUCAACUUUGCACUCCACUCCUGUGCAAACUUUAAAUUUUAUUAUAAUAAUAUUAUUUUAAUACAUAAAUAUGUAUUAUUUGAAAUUAUUAUCAAGUCAGAAAAGCAAUUUUAUUUUUGAAGGUCUACACUGUAAGUUUUGUUCUUAAAUCAUUAAAAUUAUUAUGUACCUUACGUUCUUAUGUAAAUAAUUAUUAUUGCUGUGUUUUUGAAUCUUGCUAUUAUGGUCACUUUUUACAAUGGUUUUAAACGUUUUUUUUUUAAUAAAAGUUGUUUCUAAGAUUAUAAGUUGCAUUCUAUUUAUGAAUAUUUCCAUUUUGUGAUAAUUGUAUUUAACAAUUUAAAUAUACCAAGGAGGUUAAAUGUGUUUUUUGUAAAUUAUAUUAUGAACAUUAUUUAAGGACACUAAAACUCAUAAGUAGUAAAAUGUAGAAGAAGCAUCUUCGCAUUUAUGUGUAUUUAUUGUGUUAAUAAAUUAUUUUUCGUAUCUGUAUUUGUAUUGUUGGGAAUCGGAGGAAUAAAAGUGUUAUCAAUA